AGUAUACAGUUAUGGAUGUUUUGAACAUGUCGCCCGGCAAAUCUCUUGUUUAAAACAACUUUGUUCGACCCGCCACAGGUUUCGUACCCUUCCUGGAGGUCUAUUAAAGGAAUGAACUACUCUGGUUGUUCGCAUUCCAUUAUAGUACAAAACCUGGCACUAUAAUCGAACUUCACUCAGCAUGGAUGAUCACCGUUCAACCUUACGGAAUGCUCGUCAACUUACGGACGUUGGACAGCAGGCAUUUGAAACAGAAGUUAAAGGUUUUACAGGAAAACUUCGCAUUGAACAAAUAUAUAUUGACAUCAUUUUACAAGAUAUCAGUGAUCAAACAGUUUUGGAGGGAAGCCUUGCAAGUCAUUACAUAAACGAAAUACAAAAGCAUUUUGUAGCUUUUAAGGAUGUUUCUUUCCAAUUUUAUGAGUAUCUGUGUGCUCAAAGAACAAGCGAAGCUGACAGAAAGUUAUUAUCACACAAAGUUAUUGCAAUAGCCACAGAAGUGAAAGUACUUAAAAUCUUGAAACAAUUGGAAGGCAUUAUUCAGUUGGAUCAUGAUGUGAUCACCAAGGAUAAGAAAGUGACUCUGAAACAACAAAUUUCUCAACUGGAAUUAUCAAACUUUGAAUCAUUCAAGGGACCAAAGGUAGAAGCUGUUGAACCUCCAGAAUAAUUUAAAGAUCCUCCAAUUUCUCAGAAAGAAACACGGCAAAGAUCACAGAGAUCAUGUUCGACAAGCUCAAGCUCUAUAUGUUUGAAACAAAAGAUAAAACUUGAAGCAGCUAAAGUUAAAGCAAAGUAUGCACAGGAAGAGGCAGAGUUAAUUAAAGAACAAGCUUCAAUCCAAGCUAAUCUAAAGAUCCUGACUGUGAAACGUGAAGUAGAGGAAUCUGAAGGAGAGCUCAGGGCACUAAGUGAAGUAUGCAGUGAUGUAGAUUCCUUGAAUUCAGUUCAAAUGGAUAGUGUUCGAGAAAACAGAACAGCUGAAUUUAUACUUCAACAGGACGAUAACAACAAUAACUUUGUACGAGAAAAUUUGAAUGUAAAUGCUCCUGAAUUUUAUCCCACAUCCAACAGAACAUUCAAUGGACCAUCACAGACUGAUGUGUGUAGACAGCUUACUCAGUUUAUGAUGAAAAAGGAUCUCCUUCUAUCUCGGCUAUGUAGAUAUGAUGAUUCUCCAGGAUAUUUUCUUGCAUGGAAAGCUAGCUUCCAGAAUGUCAUGCGUGAAUUAGAUGUUACACCAGCAGAAGAAAUUGAUCUUUUGGUCAAGUGGUUAGGACCUGAAAGUUCCAAACAAGCACUGAGUAUUCGAGCAGCUAAUGCUGCUAGUCCAGACCAAGGGGUCAUAAGAAUCUGGAGUAGACUCGAUGAUCGUUUUGGGAGUCCCGAGAUAGUUGAAGGACCUCUAAGAAAGAAAUUAAACAAUUUUCAGAGGAUAAGCAACAAGGAAAAUAAAAGAUUAUUUGAACUUGUAGACAUUGUGUCAGAAAUUGAAUCUACUAAGGAAAAUCCCACCUACAAGACCCUCCUCAGUGUAUAUGAUUCAUCAGCUGGAGUGAAUCAGAUUAUGUCCAAACUACCCUUUUACAUUCAAGAAAAAUGGACAACAGAAGCAACUCGUUACAAAACCGAACACAACACAGCUUACCCACCAUUUGAAAUAUUCUCCAAGUUUCUUCAACGAAUAGCUAAAAUGAAAAAUGACCGAAGUUUUUUUUAUGAGGACUCAACUAUGCCAAAAAAUUCCAGUUCAAGAACACUUCAGCGAUCUCAAGGGCAAGCAAAACCAGUACAAUUGUCAGUGGCAAGGACAGAAGCAACAGAUACGAAAUCUGGAGACAACGAAGUAGUAAAUAAGCACAAAUCCGACAAUCCUAUUGUGUGUCCAUUUCAUGGAACUAACCAUUUGUUAAAUGAAUGUCGGAGUUUUAGGACAAAGACGUUGGCAGAGAGGAGAGAAUUUUUGAAAAAGAAUGGUCGGUGCUUCAGAUGUUGUGGUCAGAAAAAGCAUUUGCGUCGGGACUGUUAGGAACUUAUAAAAUGUACUGUAUGCCAAAGUCGUGAACAUCCGACUGCUUUACAUGUGAACAAGCAAGAAGACUCUAGAGCUUCGGGAAAGCAUGAGGGGGAGAAAUGUAAUUCUGAAAUAGACAGUAAAUGUACUCAAGUAUGUGGAACGGCAUCUGUAGUAAGCAAGUCUUGCUCAAAGAUACUACUUGUUAAAGUAUAUCCAGACGAAAGACCGGACCAGGCAAGAAAAUUGUAUGCGUUGAUUGAUGAUCAGAGCAAUCGGUCCUUAGCAACUUCAAACUUUUUCCACAUAUUUGGAGAAGAUGGCCCAGACAAUGAGUAUAUUCUAUCGUCCUGUACUGGAAAGUUCACAACGUCUGGUCGUUUUGCCUCUAAUUACACGGUUGAGUCACUAGAUGGGUCUUGUAUUCUGAAACUACCAACUUUGAUUGAAUGCAACGAUAUUCCUAACAACAGGCAUGAGAUACCGUUUCCUCACAUUGCUUCAAGCUAUCCUCUUUUAGCAAGUAUUGCAACAUGAAUCCCUGAAAUUGAUGAAAACUUCCAGAUUGAUCUACUGAUAGGGGGAUAUUUAGUAGCAGCACACCACGUUUUAGACCAACGUGCGAGCAAGGAAUAUGUACCGUAUGGACAGAAACCUCCCCUUGGGUGGACCAUCAUUGGAGAAGCUUGUUUGGGCAAAAUUCAUCCUCCAGAUCGGAAUCUUCAAGUUACAGUAAACAAGACAAGUAUUUUGUCAGACGAUAGAACCACAUUUUUGAAGCCAUUCCAAAACAUCUUGCAGGUAGACUCGCACAUAUUUAAAACUACUGACCAAGACGAACUGAUUGGUGCGUCGAUCGAAGAUGAUGCCUUUCUUAAGAUAAUGGAUGCUGGAAUGGUAAAGGACUCAGAUGACAGAUGGAUUGCACCGUUACCAUUUCGUGAUAAGCGACCGACUCUGGAGAACAACAGGCAACUUGCGAUGAAGAGUGCAAAGUCAUUUCAUAACAACUUGAAAUUUAAUACAUCAAAACAAGAACAUGUGAAACAAUUCAUGGCCAAAAUAAUCGAAAACUUACACAGCCCUUGUCGGCAUCUCAGGAAUGUUGGUACUUACCGAUGUUUGCAGUUUACCACCCAAAGAAACCAGACAGCAUCAGAGUUGUGUUUCAUGCAUCAGCUGUAUACAAUGGCAAUUCGUUGAACAAGGUACUGUUGAAAGGUCCAGAUCUCACUAACAGUUUGUUGGGUAUUCUUCUCCGAUUUCGAAAAGAAGUUGUUGCAGUGACUGCUGACAUACAGCAAAUGUUCUAUAACUUCAAGGUCACGGACAACCAUCGAGACUUCCUACGUUUUAUAUGGCACGCUGAUAAUGACCUCACAAAACCAUUAGUAGAUUAUUGUAUGACAGUACAUGUAUUUGGGAACAGCCCCUCACCUUCAGUUGCCACAUAUGGAUUAAGAAAAUCAGUGAAAAAUGCUCGUUCGGAUGUUCGAGAUUUUGUGGAAAGAAAUUUUUAUGUUGGUGACGGAUUGGUUUCUUGUGAAGACGUGGACACUGCUGUCAAUUUGAUCAAGCAUACUUAAGACGAAUUACUCUCUGGUGACCAACUUAGACUUCAUAAAGUGGCUUCUAAUAACAAACACGUUUUGCAACAGUUCCCUGAAGAGGAUUUAGCAAAAAAUCUCAAAGACUUGAGUUUUGAUACUGAUAAUCUACAUAUUCAAAGGAGUUUAGGCAUGUCAUGGAACAUUGAGAGUGAUUGUUUUACAUUUCAAGUAAUUAGAGACUUUAAGUCAUUCACAAAGUAUGGUGCAUUGUCUACCAUCAACGGACUGUUCGAUCCUGUGGGAUUCAGUGUCCCAGUGGCUUUGCGCGGAAAACUGAUGUUACGUGAAAUUAUGUAAUGCUUAGGACACAUAGAAUGGGACGAUCCUUUACCGGAGACAUAUCAGCAAUCUUGGGAACAUUGGGUAAACAGUUUGCCUCUUUUGAAACAAUGUAGUAUUCCCCGAAUGUAUAGUGACAUUUCAUUCGCUCAUGCCAUGGAUCGGCAGAUUCAUAUUUUCUGUGAUGCAUUUAAGGAUGCAAUCGGUGCAGUGGCUUAUCUAAGAUUGUGCGACUCCCAACAUGUUACUGUCAGUUUUCUCUUUGGCAAGACUAAGGUAGCUCCACAUCACAGCAAUACCAUUCCUCGUUUGGAACUUUGUUCAGCAGUACUCGGGGUAGAACUUGCUGAGUUGAUCAAGAAACACUUAGGAUUUCAUCCACGUGAUAUGCACUUUUAUACCGACAGCAAAGUGGUAUUGGGGCAUCUCACUAACGAAUCAAAACGUUUUUAUGUGUAUGUCGGAAAUCAUGUAAGGAGAAUACGAGCCUCUAGCAAUCCAAAUGACUGGAGACAUGUUUCAACAGAAAACAAUUCUGCAGAUUGCGCUACUAGAGGAAUUGAAAGUGUGAAUUUACAAAGUAGCGUUUGGAUAAACGGACCUGAAUUUCUUAAAAACAAAAACUUCGAAAAUGUGGAAGAGUCGUAUGAGUUAGUCGACACUGACAAUGACAAAGAACUAAGACCGGAUGUCCGCUGUUACAAAACAGAUGCCUCAGAACAGUGUCGUUUAGGUUCUGAGAGGUUUGGUGUUUGUUCGGAGUGAAAAAGACUUGUCAGUGUCAUUUCAUGACUGAAAUGUUUCAUUCGUAAAUGGAAAGGUCAUACGGAGGUUGUAGAGGACAAUGACCAUAAGACACCAGAAGCCUAUGAUGUUCAGAAGAUGUUCAUAUUUAAGGAGGUUCAAUUUGAGGCAUAUUCAGAAGAGAUUGGUUGUAUUGCAAAUGAUUCCCCUCUUCCAAGAGGUAGUUCGAUAAGGAAAUUCACACCCUUUCUUGAUGAUCAUUGCGUUUUGAGGGUAGGCGGAAGGUUGCGACAUUAUGAUGACGCGUCAGAUUUGAGGAAUUAUUCGAAACAUUCCAUCAUUCUUCCAAAACAUCACCAUGUAUCAAGACUUAUCGCAAGACACUUCCUCGAGAAAAACUUCCAUCAGGGAAGAAGUAUUACUGAAUGAGCGAUUUGCACAGCUGGUUUUUAGAUUGUUGGUAUUCUUCGAGUAGUAUCAUCAUUAAUUCACAAGUGCGUGAUUUGUAAGAAACUUAGGGGUAAAUGUGUGUGUCAACAGAUGUCUGAUUUACCAGAAGACAGGAUCAGACCCGCACCCCCAUUCUCCUUCGUAGGUGUGGGUACUUUUGGACCAUGGCCUGUUGCCUUCAAAAGAACGCGUGGGGUCCAAACAAGUCAAAAGAGAUGGGCUUUACUUUUUACCUGCUUAGUACGUAGAGCGAUCCAUAUAGAAGUCAUAGCAUUACGUCGCUUUAUCUCGGUCAGGGGUCCAGUUACACAGUUCCGCUCAGACAGAAGAACAAAUUUUGUUGGUGGAGUAUCUGAACUGAACAUCGAAUCAGACUUCGUUGAAAAGGAUUCAGUAAAAUCAUUCUUAGCAAGUAGCAACAUAUUGUGGAAGUUCAAUCCGCCACAUGCUUCUCACAUGGGAGGUGUGUGGGAAGGGACGAUCGGUGUAUCUCGGAAAAUUUUAGAUUCAAUGUUACUCAGGGAAGGAUCUAAAAAUUUGACUCACGACGUUUUGACCACACUACUUGCAGAAGUUUCUGCAAUAGUUAAUGGACGUCCAUUAGUGCCAGUUUCUACAGACCCUGAGUCACCUUGUGUUCUAAGUCCGUCGAUGCUACUUACUCAAAAGACUCAAACAGACAAUAUAUCUUUACAAUCAUUUGGCUCGAAAGACAUGCUAAAAUCACAGUGGAAGCAGGUCCAGUAUCUAGCAGAAGAAUUUUGGUCGCGAUGGCGUAAAGAGUACCUUCAUCAUUUGCAAACUCGUCAGAAGUGGACUGAUGUACAAAGAAACAUUGUUGAAGGUAACAUUGUGCUGUUAAGAGACAAAGAAUUGCAUCGUAAUCAUUGGCCUGUAGGCAUCAUUGAAAAAACAUUUGUGAGUGCUGAUCUGAACGUUUGAAAGGUUGAAGUUAGAAUCGUGCGUGAUGGAAAAGCAGUGAGUUAUGUUAGACCUGUGUCUGAGUUAAUUUUGUUGUUAGAAUAUGAGUGACAUGUUUAGGCAACAUUUGUGCUUAUAUGAAUUGUAGAAAACUGAUAUCUGUACAUUGAAUUUUUGAUUUCUUUACAUAUUGUGAUUUCAAGUAUGAAAUCAGAGGGGGCGGCAAAUCUCUUGUUUAAAAUAACGAUGUUCGACCCGCCACAGGGUGAGUUAUUUCUUAAUGUUUACAUGUUUACCUUUAGCAUUAUCGGGAAAACUCUAUCAAUUCAUGAUAUCUAUAUUUGAAGAUCUCUAUGCCUUUCGAGCGAUUGAAGUGACAGUUGAUAAGUCAUGUAUAUUUUCGACUGUUUGGUAAUUUUUUACUGCAUUUUAUGUCAACGUAUCUAUCUUUAUGGUUUGAUAUAAUGUUUAUUCUCCCAAGUUUGGCCUGUAUUGACUCUAUAAAUGUCUGUUUUUAAUUUGUAUGCGGUAUUCUGUUAAAAUAUUUUUUCUACGGAAAGCCAUUCGAGUUAUAAUUUGUAGGGUACGGAUUUCCCAAAUUUCACUGUGUGCGAUGUGCAUCUGUGACACAUUUUCAAGUAAUUAUUAUUGGUGUUUUGAUAUCAUUAUGUUUUUCAACAAUGUGUAAAUGUCUCUAAUAUAACUAUGGAAGGCAAUAUUGUCAUAAUGUGUAUGUUUUUGGAAUAUUACUUCUAAUAUCAACUUCAUUGUUCUUAUACAUGUUAUAUUAGAGUUUAUCUUUGUAUUUUGCAGUUUUGUACCCUUCCUGGAGGUCUAUUAAAGGAAUGAACUAC